AAAAGGGCUGAUCGGCAGACACCUCGUCUGAAAUCCUCGCCUGUCUCUGCCGAGCCUAGCCUACCUGCUGUGGAGGAUCUGUACUAGCCCGCUGACGGCGUGUGGAGUUUGGGUCUGCCUUCUAAUCUCUCUGCGGUUACCGAAGCUAAUUAAUCGCUCGCCGAGGAGCUCAAAUCUAGGGAAAUGGCCAGCUACCACAAGCCCGACGAGAAGACCCUGCAGGGGCUGAAAGACACGGCGAACAAGCUGAGGAUUCACUCCAUCAAGGCGACAUGCGCCUCCAACUCCGGCCACCCCACCUCCUGCUGCAGUGCUGCCGAGAUCAUGUCGGUCCUGUUUUUCCACACCAUGAAGUACAAGCCGUCGGACCCCCGCAACCCCAACAACGACCGCUUCAUCAUGUCCAAGGGUCAUGCUGCUCCUAUCCUGUACGCCGCCUGGGCCGAGGCUGGAUACGUCAAGGAGGCGGAUCUGCUGAACCUGCGCAAGUUCGACUGCGACCUGGAGGGACACCCGACUCCUAAACUGGCCUUUGUUGACGUCGCCACGGGGUCGCUGGGGCAGGGUCUGGGCGCGGCCUGCGGGAUGGCCUACACGGGCAAACACUUCGACAAGGCCAGUUACCGCGUGUACUGCCUGCUGGGCGACGGAGAGUCGUCGGAAGGGUCUGUGUGGGAGGCCAUGGCCUUCGCCUCCUUCUACAACCUGGACAACCUGGUGGCCAUUUUCGACGUCAACCGGCUGGGCCAGAGCGAGCCCGCCCCCCUGCAGCACGACACCGAGGUGUACCGCAAGCGCUGUGAAGCCUUCGGCUGGAACACCUACGUGGUGGAUGGGCACGAUGUGGAAGAGCUGUGCAAGGCGCUGUGGCAGGCCAAGCAGGUCAAGGAAAAGCCCACCGCCAUCGUGGCCAAGACCUUCAAGGGCAAAGGGCUCAAAGGUAUUGAGAACGCAGAGAACUGGCACGGCAAGCCCAUUCCCAAGGACCGCGUGGAGGCACUGCUGGCAGACCUGCAGAGCCUGAUCCAGACCAACAAGCCGCUGUCCCCCGAGCAGCCAGCAGAGGACGCUCCUCCAGUGGACAUCUCCAAUAUCGUCAUGCCUUCCCCUCCUGCCUUCAAGAUUGGCGACAAGAUGGCCACCCGCCGCGCAUACGGGCUGGCCCUGGCCAAGUUAGGGGAGGCCAGCGGGCGAGUGGUGGCGCUGGACGGCGACACCAAGAACUCCACCUUCUCGGACAUCUUCAAGAAGGCCCACCCCGACCGCUACAUCGAGUGCUUCAUCGCCGAGCAGAACAUGGUGAGCGUGGCGAUUGGCUGUGCCACCCGCGAUCGCACCGUCUCCUUCGCCAGCACUUUCGCCGCCUUCUUCUCCCGCGCCUAUGACCACAUCCGCAUGGCGGCCAUCUCCCAGUCCAACGUCAACCUCGCCGGCUCCCACUGCGGCGUGUCCAUCGGUGAGGACGGGCCCUCUCAGAUGGCGCUGGAGGACUUGGCGAUGUUCCGUGCCAUCCCCACCUGCACGGUCUUCUACCCCAGCGACGCCGUCUCCACGGAGAAGGCAGUGGAGCUUGCUGCCAACACAAAGGGAAUCUGCUUCAUUCGAACCAGCCGCCCAGACACUGCGGUGAUCUAUUCCCCAGGGGAGAAGUUUGAAGUGGGACACGCCAAGGUCGUGCGGAAGAGCGACAGCGACAAAGUCACUGUCAUCGGGGCUGGAGUGACACUGCACGAGGCUCUGGCUGCUGCAGAUGAGCUCGCCAAGGAAGGUGUCCACAUCCGUGUGAUCGACCCCUUCACCAUCAAGCCCCUGGACGCCGAGACCAUCGUCUCCAGCGCCCGCGCGACGGGGGGCAGGAUCAUCACCGUGGAGGACCACUAUCGUGAGGGUGGCCUGGGCGAGGCGGUGUGCGCCGCGGUGGCCGAGGAGCCGGGCGUCGUGGUGCAGCGGCUGGCGGUGACGGGGGUGCCCCGGAGCGGCAAGCCCACCGAGCUGCUGGACUACCACGGCAUCAGCGCCAAGUGCAUCGUCGCUGCCGUCAGAUCCACCUUUGCCAACUGAGGGCGUGCGGGGUCCCCCUUUCCACGCGGGGUCCGGGGCAGCUCCCCUCCACCUCUCUAUUCCUUAGUGUCCCCACAAACAUAGCCUGGUCCCUCCUGAGUGAAGUGGCUCUCUUCCUCGUGCUUGCGGAGCACUCGGCGCUUGGCCAGUGUAUGUGCGUAGCGUCCCCCCACCCUUGAGUUAGAAUCCGCUUGCAGGGGAGGCCUAGAUCUCCGCAGCAGGAUCCGCCACUGUCUUUGCCUUUCAAAUCCUGUUUCUGACUCUCACCAGGUAGUUUUCCUAGAUGAACCCGGGGAACAGCAGUGCACUACCAGAGAAGCAUCACACUGAGUUCAUGGGUUGGGCUGCACAGUUCCUUCCUGCAAAUGAAGGGGAAGAAACCCACACACACUGCCGUCUUUAUUGAAAACGUCAGUUUGACUUUUUCAGCAGCAGUGUACAGUACAUGGUUUCCGGUCUUGCCCCCUGCUUAGUUAGUCCAGUGUUGGCUUUGCAGGGUGGCUGAAGCUGCACAUUCCUUCCAGUGCGACAGUAUACAAUGAGUUUUCCCCUAUCAUCUUUAGGGGAAUGAUAGCUGAAAGUAAAGCAGAAGAAAUCUCUGCUGGACCCUGAACAAUCUCUAUAUACCCUGUGGCAACAUAGCCAUGACCCAGGGCUCCUGUCACUGGUCACCCACCUCUUCUACAGUUAACUUUCAUUCCACUUCUCCCUGUUCCAUAACUCUCAAGAAAGAGCCCUUCCUUUCCUCCACGUCACUGCUGUGUUACAGUUCAGCUGAAUAAAAGUGUAACAUUCCGUUUGUUCUUGCUUUUAAAAUCCCAGUUCUUGAUAAAGGACUCAUUCCAUGACAUUUCUAGUUGUCUUAAAAAGCCUCUCUGCCAGUGUUCCAAACUCCCUGUUGCAUCUGUCGGAAACCAGCGCUGUGUUAUAAAGGGGGACAGUGUGUUUUCUUUAGCUGUCUCUAACACCUAACCGUUGUUCUCAAGGAGGCCUAAAUAUUUACUAAUUCUGUUUCUUUGGCAAAAACUUUCUGCACUAAAGUCCUAGGGUAAUUUGUUUUUCUUAGAAGUAUUUUGGUAAAGGCAGGUUUGCUGUACUUCCAAAAAACAGCAGUGUCCUGCAAAGUUUGUUACCUGCAGCCUGUUCUGUCUUGUAUAUUUUAUCCAGCCUCUGGUAGUUGUUUACACUCUAGGCUUUAAAGAAACUCAGUGUCUUGUCUAAAAUGCUUCACUGAAGCGCUGUGCGACUUGUGUGGCAAAGAUUUCAAAACCGCAGUUACACGAGGGUAGUUCAUGGAAAUAAGUACGUUAAAAUCUGUAUUUUUACCUGCAGGGUUCUGAAUGUUUUUUUUUUAAGCUGCUGUUCCAUAGAGUCUUAAUCUGCAUUUAGCUAAAACUGGUGGUUGAAUUCUUUGGUCUUCCUUCCCUUUACUCCUAUGAACGCUGCUGUGAGUGCUGCUUUCUCGAUCAGGGCAGACUGUGUGGAGUUUGCAUGUUCUCCCUGAGUUCACGGGGGACUCCUCUGUGAGUGCUGUUGCUUCAGGCAGGGCAGAGCAUGUGUGCUGCUGGUCUGUGAGUGUUGGGGGGGGGUGGGAGUUUUUGUUACUGGUCAAAGUCAUCUUGAGCUAACGAGCAUCGCUUGUGCUACACUGAUGUGGUUUAUAGUGAAUAAAGAGUUUGAGUCAAGUUUC